AGAUCUUCUGAUCAUCUUAUUUCGUUUUCUUCCAACUUCAAACCGGAAUUUGUCAAAAUGGACUGCUCCUCCAACAUUUCACUAAAAGACAACCCUUUCGUCCCACCGAAGGGCACACGUUGUCCAGUGAAUGACAUCCCUCCGGAGCUCCUUUCCCUCAUUUUCGAGGUCGGCGCCCAAUCCAUUAAGGAUGAAGACGAAGAGGACGAGCAGGAAGAGGAAGAUGAGGCAAUGGCGGUGUACUGGAAUUUGGAAGCAGGCGCGAAAGACGGAGUAGAUGAAGACAGCGAAACAACAAACUUAAAACGGAGCAGAGUGACAAGGAACGAUGGCGUGGAUGAUGAUAAUUUAUCCGAAUUAUCAACGCUUAGCGACACGACAUUCGAACCCAUGCCAUCAUUUGAGGUCCUCAUCUCGCAUGUCUGUCAUCAUUGGCGUGUGGUGGCCCUCAACACGCCGUCUCUCUGGACAGAGAUCGAUGUAUCACCUCUCGAUUCACCCCCAUUUGAACGAGUUCAGACUUUACUUGAGCGCAGCAAGAGCCUUCCUAUCGACAUACGCAUAGAUUGCGAACCUCCAGAUGACGAUGAAGAAGAGGAUUCCUCAGGCUCUGAAGACUCAGAGCUUGGUCAGUCCCCACGUUCGAUGACCUUUUCCGAUCUCGAUAAUCUUAUGUCCCUUCUUGUUCCACACAUAUCACGCUGGGGAUCUAUCGAAGUGGCGGUCGCUUGUUACAAGCACAUGUUUAUUUUCCUCUCUGCGGUUUCAGAUCCUUCCAUAGCAGGUGCUCCCCAGCUCGAGGCUCUCCAAUUGUACCAUCAUGAAGACGCAGAAAGCCUCACAGCUUUCGCUCAACCUGACCUUGUACAACAUUUCAAGUUGUUCGGAGGUGUUGCUCCUCGUCUUAAGAGUGUAGCGUUGUGGGGUGUGCAUGUUGACUGGUGCCAAGAAUGGUUAUCACGCGGGCUCAAUCUCUUGGACUUGGAGCUUGCUUAUCAUACAGAUGACGUGCGACCGUCAUGGACACAAUUUGCCGCCAUCCUUUGCGGCGCACCCAAACUAGAAACACUCUCUUUAUGCAGCUCUGGUCCCCUUGGUGCUCCCCAUGAUUGGUGUUCUGAAGGAAGUUCGGGAAGCUAUGGCAAUGAUUAUACCGGAGUCAUCGAGUUGCACUCGCUGACACAUCUUGUCCUGGCAUUCCAUUCACCAGUCUAUGUCAGCGGGUUGCUCCGCCGUUUAGCAUUUCCCGCACUCAAAAGUCUCACACUUGAUUUGGACGAUGGGGAUUUUACGGAUUUCGCAUUCCAACUUGCUGGUCCUGUGAUAACCGCAGUCCCGAUGGUACCAAAGGAUGGAGAGAAGAAACGCAGUUUACUCAGUGGACUUGACACCCUCAAAAUAUCCGGGCUUUCCUGCUCGGACCGCAGCAUAGAGCUCAUGUACGCAGAGCUUGGAAACCUCAAGACUCUCAACCUAGUGAUGAGGUACCUCCCUCAUGCGUUCCUUCAGUUACUUUAUCACCCUUGUCCUGUUCCUGGCCAGCGAGACGCUUGUCACGUCUGUCUCCCUUCACUUAUCACCUUGUCGACUGCCGGCGUCGCUGGACACCAAAUAUGCGAAUUGGUUCAGAAGCGAAAGGAAGCGGGUGUCCCUCUAAAGGCUGUGUAUAUGGAAGAGGAUGACGAAGUCAUGGAUCAUGAUUUACAAUGGCUGAGGGAUAAUGUAGAGGUAGUUGAUUUCUUCGAGGCCAGUGACGAUGAAUUUGCGUCACUGGUAGAUAUUGAAGAGGGCAACGAGGGUUCAGAAUCGGAAUGGGAGGAAGUGGAUGAUUGAUUCUAGAUAUAUGCUUUAUCUGCAUGGCUUUCGCAUGCUUCAGAGUUCGCAUGCAGGUGCCGCUACACAUCUAAUUGGGCACAUAAUCACUUGAUAAUUGAUUAGGUCAAUCAUAGUCGAUGUACAUGAACACGUCGAGCAAUGAUGUCGAGGAAAGGACCUCGAGAGUGUCCAUCUU